AAUUGGCAUUCGCCUCCACCACCAAAUUGGGGUUGAAUUCCCCGGUUCCAUAGCCUUUUUUGAGGGUGGAGCUGCACAUUGGUUUCUCAAAAACAAAAUUCAAUUUCUGCGUGUGUUUUUAAGGGAAACGAGUAGAUUUCCCUUGAUACACCCAGAAAGGCAAAAUGGGUGUCUGCUGUUCUACGCAAUUCAAAUACAAAGGUAGACGGCAUGAGAAACAUGAAUCGGAGGAAGCGGAGGGACGCCAUGAAAACGACGUCACCAGCAUCGGACAUAAUGGUGCCAUUAUCAGAUUGCAAGGCUCCUCUUCCUUCACCUCAAUGUACACCCGAAAAGGCAAAAAGGCAAUCAACCAGGACGCCAUGACCGUUUGGGAGAACUUUACGGGCGAGAAGAACGUGUUCUUCUGUGGUGUAUUCGACGGUCACGGUCCCUCGGGUCACAAGGUUGCACGCCAUGUAUGUGACGCGUUGCCCUUGAAGCUUUCCAAGAUGCAUCAGCCUCAGCAUCGGCAUCGGGGUUGUGCUAAGGACAGCGAGAAGGACAAUUGUCACAAACAAUGGGAGGCGGAUUUCAUUAAAGCUUUCGAAGAACUGGAUGAAGAUCUUAUCAUGGAAGAAUCACUUGAUAGUUAUUGCAGUGGUGCCACGGCUGUAACCCUUGUUAAGCAGGACCAUCACUUGAUAAUUUCGAACUUGGGGGAUUCUCGAGCGAUUCUCGCAACUAGGGACAACAGAAACCAACUUAUUCCGGUUCAGCUAACGGUUGACUUGAAACCGAGCUUGCAAAGUGAAGCCGAAAGAAUCAAAAAACACAGUGGCAGGGUGUUUGCUAUGGAAGUAGAACCAAAUGUACCGCGAAUAUGGAUGCCGGACCAAGAUUGCCCCGGUCUAGCCAUGUCGAGGGCUUUCGGGGAUUUCUGCCUCAAGGAUAAUGGACUUAUCUCAACACCUCAAGUCUUUUAUAGAACGCUAACACCCAAAGAUGAAUUUGUAGUGAUGGCGACUGAUGGGGUGUGGGAUGUGCUAUCAAACAAUGAGGUGAUACAAAUAGUUUCCUCAGUGAAGAGACAAUCCAUAGCAGCAAAGGUGCUGGUUUAUUAUGCGGUUCAAGCAUGGAGAACAAAGUAUCCGGGUUCGAAGGUCGACGAUUGUGCCGUGGUUUGCUUGUUCUUAAAGAAACGACCUCCUCCAACUGCGACUUCGACUUCGGGGGCCUUGUCCGACGUCAGCAUGCAGACCACAAGCAUCGUGGAUGUUCCGGACCCUAAAGGCAAGAAAACCGAGGAAGGCGAGACCGUGAUUAAUUCCGACAUUGUCGUGGAUCAUAAGACGCUUGAAGAAGUAAGUAGAGCAAAUGCUUAUAAGCGUUCUCGGCUUGGCAAUUUGAGUAGGCACAAGACGUCUGGGGAUUCCGGUGGUGGAACACGAUGCUAAUAUUUGUGAUACAGUAAAAUGUCAAAUAUUAUUCAAUGAUUUUCGAAA